AGAGAGGGAGAGACCGGGAGGGGAGAGGAGACGAGCGCCAGCAUCCCUCGGGCGCGCCGACGCCGGGACCCGCGCCCCUCCCCGGCCCGCGGGCUGGCCGUCUGUCUCGGGGAGUUCAGUCCUCCCAGGACCCGGGCAGGGACCGGGGGCCCCGGGGAGGGGGCCUCGGGCGACCCGCCCCCGCUGCUCGCCCCCCGCCGGCCGGCAUGCGCCCCUGGCUGUGACCCCCGCGGGGGAGGGCGCCGGGGGUCCAUGCGCGCAGCCUGCACCCCGCCCGGCGCCGGCCGCUGACGGCGGGGGGGUGGGGGGGCCGGGCACCCAGCCUCCUGCCCCACCCCCCGGCGUCGGCCCCGCCGGCCACCCGGGCCGCUGCCCCCGGCUGCGCCCUCCCCGCCCGCCAGGCCCUGGAGGGACCCAGCAGCGGCCGCCGGCUUCAGCCCAUGGCCCGGAGGUACGAUGAGCUGCCCCACUACCCAGGCAUUGUGGAUGGCACUGCAGCCCUGGCUGGCUUCUCGGAGGCAGUGCCCUCGGCAUCGAGAGCCCCGGGGCCCUACGGCCCCCACCGGCCUCCCCAGCCCCCUCCCCCGGGCUUGGACAGCGAUGGCCUGAAGAGGGAGAAGGACGAGAUCUACGGACACCCGCUCUUUCCGCUGCUGGCCCUGGUCUUUGAGAAAUGUGAAUUGGCCACGUGCUCGCCCCGUGAUGGGGCCGGGGCUGGGCUGGGCACACCCCCGGGCGGUGACAUCUGCUCCUCCGAUUCCUUCAACGAGGACAUUGCUGCCUUUGCCAAGCAGGUGGGCACCCCCCAUCCACCACGUGCCAGUGAGGAGGGGCGGGCGGGAGACAGGACGUGCCCUCCCUGGCCUCUCUCUUCCUCCCAGGUCUGCUCCGAGAGGCCCCUCUUCUCCUCCAACCCAGAGCUGGACAAUCUGAUGAUACAGGCCAUCCAGGUGCUCCGCUGCCACCUGCUGGAACUGGAGAAGGUCCACGACCUGUGCGACAACUUCUGUCACCGCUACAUCACCUGCCUCAAGGGAAAGAUGCCCAUCGACCUGGUCAUCGAGGAGCGGGACGGCGGCUACAGGGAGGAUCUUGAGGAUUGCCCGGCGUCCUGCCCCAGCCUCCCGGAUCAGAAUAAUACCUGGAUUAGAGACCAUGAGGACAGUGGGUCUGUACAUUUGGGGACCCCGGGUCCAUCCAGUGGCGGCCUGGCCUCCCAGAGUGGGGACAACUCUAGUGACCAAGGAGACGGACUGGACACAAGCGUGGCGUCUCCCAGUUCUGGGGGAGAGGACGAGGAGCUGGACCAGGAGCGGCGUCGGAACAAGAAGAGGGGCAUCUUCCCCAAGGUGGCCACCAACAUCAUGAGAGCCUGGUUGUUCCAGCAUCUUUCGCACCCGUACCCCUCGGAGGAGCAGAAGAAACAGCUGGCGCAGGACACGGGGCUCACUAUCCUGCAGGUCAACAACUGGUUCAUUAACGCCCGGAGACGCAUCGUGCAACCAAUGAUCGAUCAAUCCAACCGCACAGGGCAGGGUGCAGCCUUCAGCCCGGAGAGCCAGCCCAUGGCGGGCUACACGGAGACUCAGCCACACAUGACCGGCAGGCCGCCAGGAUCAAUGGGGAUGAGUUUGAACUUAGAAGGAGAGUGGCAUUAUCUGUAGACGCUGGAUUCAGAAGUACCCCAGCCUCCGGACUGUGACCACCAGGCUCACAUCUGGUUCUGGUCCCUGCCUGGCCCUCUGGCUUCAGGACCCCACCUCUUACGGCUCCCUCACUCAACGCCUACCUCCCUGGGGCCCCUCCGGGACAUGGGGGGCCUGAGCGCCCACGCGAGGGUCUCUCAAGGACAAAGACAAGGCCUCCAGGCCCUGCGCCCUGCUUCUGCCUUCACCUCCGCCCAGAACUUGAGCUGAGAUCCUGGGCCUGAGUCUUCAUAAGAUGGCGGCUGGGGGUCCCCCGCCUCCAGGACAAAGAAGGGAUCGGAGGUGGGCUGGGGCCAUCAGGAAAGGAGGGUCACCUGGAUCCAACAUUUUGGAGAGGUCUCCUUCAUCCUCCCAGCCCACCCCCCUCCCCUCUCCCCUACCUCCCUUCUCUGAUGUCUUCUACUUUUUUUUUAAUGAUAAAGUCUUAAAAACAAAAAGCCA